UGACCAUGGGAAGAGGGCAGAAAAUGAAUGGGAAGAUGAUGACCAGGUGUUCUACUUGUGACUCACAACUUCAUGUUCAACCUGGAUCUAAGAAAGUAUGGUGUUCAACAUGUGGUAGCUGUACUCGGGUGCGGAUGCGAGAUCGCGCCCGGCGAGCUAUCACUUGGCUCAAGGGAUUUGUGAACGCUGUGGCGAAUCCUAACAGUUCAUAUAUCAACGGUACCCCACAGCCAAGUUUCCAGAGAACCAAUGGCUCAUCUCACUUAGGCCGGCUGCCUAGCUUCCCAUCUGCCCAUGGGAGCAAGAGGGCUCUUCUCUGUGGGGUCAGUUACAGGUCAAGGAGCUAUGAGCUGCAGGGUACCAUUAACGACGUGAUGUGCAUGAAGUACUUGUUGUGCCAGAAGUUUGGGUUCCCAGAAGAUUGUAUCCUCAUGCUGACUGAAGAUGAAAGCGAUCCAUCUCGGUGGCCCACCAAACAAAACAUUCGAAUGGCAAUGCGGUGGCUUGUACAGGACUGUCAUGCAGGAGAUUCAUUGGUUUUUCAUUUCUCUGGUCAUGGGUCGCAGCAACCAGAUUAUAAUGGAGAUGAAAUUGAUGGUUAUGAUGAGACACUUUGUCCCUUGGAUUUUGAAACGGCAGGAACCAUUGUUGAUGAUGAGAUCAAUGAAACAAUUGUCAGGAAUCUUCACCAUGGAGUGAGACUUCAUGCAAUCAUAGAUGCUUGUCAUAGUGGCACUGCUCUUGAUCUGCCCUACGUGUGGAAAAUCGGUCGGAGCGGGCUAUACGAGUUGCAAAACCAGCAUAGUUCACUACCAGCGGCAGCAGAGAAGGGUACAAGUGGUGGAGAGGCAUGGUCAUUCUGCAGCUGUGAUGACCAUCAAACCUCAGCUGAUACCUCGGCUUUUACUGGAAAUACAAUGACAGGUGCCAUGACUUACUCUUUCAUUCAUGCUAUUGAGAAUAAGGGUGCUGGAGCAACCUAUGGCAGUCUGAUGCAUUCCAUUCAAUGGGCUAUCAGAAAUGCUAAUUUAGGAAUUCAGGGAAGUGGCCCAAUUUCCUCGCUCUUGAAAAGAGUAUUCGGCAAUGGGUUGGCACAGGAGCCAUUAUUGUCAUCAUCAGAGCCGUUCGACAUAUACCAGAAGCCGUUCUACUUGUGAUGAUUCAUCUGUCGAGAAUGGUUGAUUUAGAUGUUGAAGCCUAGAAGGAGACGAUCGAAACCAACUUUACCAUCUCUUCGUUGGGAGUUGUAGCCUUCUCCUGGGAAAUCUAGCACUAUAUGCAGUUUGUGUUUUAUAACCUAUAUGGACCGUCAUUUGGUUAGAGAGCCAUAAUGAUUUGAAACUGGUCGUCGAAGAGUGGACACCAACAUGUUCAAAAGUUUACUGCUCCUGUUCCAUGAAAAAUUCAAGCUGGUUGCAGGAGGUUGAAUAAAGUUUCCCCCUUUCUCUUCC